AUGCGGCGCUGCCGAAGGGUGGAUGCGGAUGGGAUGAGAUGGGCUGGCAUGGCCAUGGCCAUGGGAUGGGGUCCAAGGCGAUGUGGUACCAGACCAGACUGGACUGGACUCAUCAUGGCGAUCGAUCCGGCGGGUCCCACGCCAACAAUCCACCACAUGGUAGUGUACUCCGUACUUUGGUCUGGUAUAUGUUCCAAGUUUGUAAUAACACUCGUCAAUGCAAGGCGUGUCCAGGAAAUUCAUCGUCCGAUGCUCAUCAAUGAUAUUUUUCAGCUUGAGGAGUGGAUGCAGAAACAAAGUCGGCAUGAUUUUUGUUUGUCGAGGAUGGUUGAUCAAGGCCGUGUGUCUUGA